CUGGUGUUUACACACCGCCACCAAGUUACUAAUUUAAGGCAGAGCCGACCUAGGGGACGCCCGCCGGAUUGGUUCAGAUGAUCGUUGCUCUCGUUGGCCGUGAUCGGGAAUGGAACUCGAAUGGCCUGCGGCCGCCGUGUGCCAGGUGACCCCGGGGGGGGGGGGGGGUCACGAUGGCCAUGCGAGUCGACGCCUCUACACAGACGGUCGGCCUCUUCUGCUUCUGGGACCUCGACGAGGAUUUAUUCCGCAGGAAAUUCGCUCCCAAGACGUUCCGGGAGAUGGGGACACAGUUGGACGCAGAGGCCGCGUGGCCCCACCGGGCCCCGUCGCCGGCGGGCCCCGCGCCCACGGAGUCCGCGCCCUCUCCCCCCACGUGCUCCGCUCGCCACGGCGCUGCCGCCGCCGCCGCCACCGCAGCUCACCGCGAGCCCUGGCCGCUGCCGUCGGACCUCGAGCCGUCGCUCCCGGCUGCCGGCUAUGGCUCGAGGAAGCGCAAGUGCCAACCCACCCGGCGCGUCUUCCCGGACAGCGGCGGCAUCGGCGGCGGCAUCGGCGGCGGCGACGGCGGCGGCGGUGCCGACGGUGCCGACGUCCGUGCGCCAGCUCGGCUGCCGACCGCGGCGUCCACCCCGCGUGGCCCUUCCGGCACGAGGGAGCCCGCGGACGGCUGGCGCUCCGCACCAUCGGCCGUCACCGUAGCAACCGCCGCCGCGGACGCCGCCGCCGCCGCGUCGCCGCCGCCGCAGGGCCCGAGGUGCCGGCGCGCGCCGUGCGCCUGGGGCGACCUCGCGGGCGGCGCCGACGGCAGCGACCGAAAGUUCCGGGCCGAGGGCGGUGGGGCCGGGGUGACGGGCGGCGGGCCCUGCGUCGGUGCGGGCACGGCGGAGAGGCUUAGCGCCGGCGGUACCGCCGACGCGAUGGAAUCUUCUGCAUCGUCGUCAUCAGCGGUGGCUGCCGACGGCGCCAUCGCAGGCACCGCUGGCGCCGCGAACAAUGACCAUGAGGCGGAGGAAGAGGAGGAGCAGGAGGAGGAUAGGGACGACGACGACGACAAUCGUGACGAAGACGAUGGCGGCGGCGAGCGAUCGCCGUCGGCCGCCGCGGCGGAGACGGAGGUCGAGACGAAGCGGCUGGACCGCAUGGACGUGAGCGUCUGCAUCGACGACUCCUACUGCGUCGCGGCGGCGGCGGGCGGCGGCGCGGCGGCGGCGGGGGGCGGUUCCGGCGGGGGGGGGCGGCGCUGGCAGUGCCGCCAGUGCGAGCGCUCCUACGCCUCCAAGUACAACCUGGUGACCCACAUCCUGGGCCACAGCGGCGCCAAGCCGCACGCGUGCCCCCAGUGCGGCAAGCUCUUCCGCCAGCUGAGCCACCUGCAGACGCACCGGCUGACGCACGCGGGCGCGCGCCCCCACCCGUGCCACGUGUGCGGCCGCGCGUUCACGCAGACGAGCCACCUCAAGCGCCACCUGAUGCGCCACGGCGCCGUGCGCUGCCACCCGUGCGGGCAGUGCGGCCGAGGGUUCGCCUACCCCAGCGAGCUGCGGGCGCACGAGCGCAGCCGCCACCCGCAGUCGGGCGGCGGCGGUCGCGACGGUGCUGCUGGCGGCGAUGGCGGCGACGACGACGACGACGGCGAUCGUGACGGCGGGGGUCGUGGCGGUUGCGAUGGCGGCGAUUGUGGUGGUGAUGGUGGCGCCAACGUCAGUAACAACAGCAGCAGCAGCGCCAUCGCCGGUGUGGGCAGAGGCGCGGGUGGUGAUGGUGGCGAUGGUGUGGACGAUGAAGAAGAAGAGGAGGAAGAGGAUGUGGGUGAACACCACAACGGCGGCGGUGGCGGCGGCGGUGAAGACGACGAGGAUGAUGAUGAUGAUGAUCGUGACGGCGACAUCGACGAUGGCGAUGAGGACGAUGGGGGGGAGGGAGCGAAGGGCCAGGAGGCGGAGGGUGCGGGGGACCUGGUGGCCGUGACCCCGGUGACCCCGGAGCCGGGACGCCACUGUGAGCAGUGCGACGCGGCCGGAGCCGUCCCCGACUCCGACGAGCUCAAGUGGGGCCAUGCGGUGGCAGCAGCAGCAGGGCAGCAGCAGCAGGAGCAGCAGCAGCAGCAGCAGCAGGAUGGAGGCGGAGGAGCGGGCGAGUUCCAGUGCGGGGAGUGCGUGCGCCGCUUCCGCUACCGCAGCCAGCUGGAGAACCACGCGCAGCGCCACCGCGGGGAGCGUCCGCACGUGUGCGCCGAGUGCGGCACCGAGUUCGCUCAGCUGCACCACCUCAAGCAGCACGCGCUCACCCACAAGGGUGUCAAGGAGCAUGAGUGCGGCGUGUGCGGCCGCGGCUUCACGCUGCACGCCAACAUGAAGCGGCACUUGCUGACGCACAGCAGCGAGCGCGCCCACCAGUGCCACGUGUGCCUCAAGGCGUUCGCGCAGAAGCAGACGCUCAAGGCGCACAUGGUGGUGCACUCGGACAGCAAGCCCUUCCACUGCAAGGUGUGCGGCAAGGAGUUCAACCGCCUGCACAACCUCAUGGGCCACAUGCACGUGCACGCGGCGCGCAAGCCCUUCACGUGCCCGCGCUGCCCCAGCCGCUUCACCCUCAAGGGCAACCUGACGCGCCACGCCAAGCUCAAGCACGGCCUGCACUCGGGCGACGCGCUGGCGACCGACUCCGCCUCGGAGGAGGCGAUGGAGUGGAGGCCGGACGCGACCCCCUACGACCUCGUGGGCUUCUCGGGCCGGACGAGCUCGGGCCCUGCCGAGGGCUCCGGGGGCCACGAGGAAGGCGGCGGGCCCAGCGUGCGCGGGGCCGCGGCGGCGGGCGUAGGUGGAGGGUGUGCACGGGGGAGCUACGGCGGAGACGCGGCGAGAGGCGGGGAAGCGGGGGAGCAGACGCCGGCCCUCGGAGCGGAGAAGGGCUUCUUCCGCGUCGACGGUGGCAGCGAGCGCGCCAGGAGCCUCUCCGCGGGCGCCAGCCCGAGCGUCGGCGGCCCGGGCCUCCACGUGAGCCAGAGCCUGAGCGUAGGGCCGAGCUUUCCCGCGGGGCAAGUCCUCCACGUGGUGCAAGGCGUCCCGACGGGUCACGGCAUCGCGGUGGGACAGGGCCUGCCGAUAGGCCAAGGCCUGCCCGUGGGCUCGGCCCUGCCCGGGGGCCGAAGCGUCCCGACGACGGACCACGGUCUCCCCGCUGCGGGCCAAGGCCUUCCCGUAGGCCCCGGUGUGCCGCCGGGCCAGUGUGGCCACCAGGCUGGUGGCGGCGCGGGCUGCGACGGGGCGGGCUGCCCGGCGUUCACGUACGACGCCAAGGGGGCCCUGCGCAACAUCAAGCUCUACUUUAGCAGUGCGUGCCACUAGCGGCGCUCGUGACACACGGGCUGGCACGACCUGACAUGCCUGGCACGGGCUGGCCGUGCCGGUGGAUGGUUGAGGUGGGUUGGGUGGCCAGGGCUGACGGCGGCCAGCCUGUCGGGGCUAUGAACCGGACACAGUUCAGGAAUUGACAUAUGCGUGCGUGUGUGUUUUGGGCAGCACGAAUUGAUUUGUAGCAAAGAUCUGAUGGGGAAAAUCUGUGGAUGAGGUGGCAACCCUAGCCCUAACCCACUCGCCCAUUCACUCGCCAAACCCAUAUUUUUCAAGUCGGCACGAGCUCGAUCAUCGCAGCUGUGCUUGCAGCUAGACUGCGAUGAAGUUCAACACAAGACCCAUGUGAGCGGGUAGAUCUGUGUUACCAAUCGGUGGUUUUCCGCCCGGACGCAGGUGGCUUAUUCCCCCGGACUGUCCUGGCCAAACCCGGACUUGGUGGCAACUGCCUGCUGUGAGGUUCGAUGGCCGGUUGGCAUUCGCUGUCCAUUCCUGCUUGACGUAAUGAGACGGAAUAAGCAAAUUACCCGGUGAUUAAAAAAAAAAAGCCACAGGGAGAAAUUGGCACUCGUUGGCAUCAGCAGGAGGCCUCCGGCAAGAACGCUGCCGGCUCACGACCCGUGUUCGAUUCCCGAUCACGGCCACCAACACCAAUGACGGCGAAUAUCUGAUGAACCGGUCGUGGGAUUCUCCUAGGUCGACUCGGCCUCAAAUGAGUACCCGGUGUGGUGUGUGUUAACAUAAGCACUGGUAAGGAGACAAAGGCGGCCGGGCGUGGUGCUGGCAAACCCCACCCCCUCGUGCGCCGUGCCGGCCUUCAUAGGUGCUGCUCGUGAACAUCACUUGC